CCGUGUCGGGUUUAGGGUUGAGGAGAAGAAAGCGGAGAGAGCGAGAUAGGGGGGAAAAAAGAGAGAGCGCGCCGACGAUGAUGGCGAUGGCGAUGGCGAUGGCGAUUGGCAAUGGCAGCAGCGGCAUCGGCCAGGUUUUGCAGACAAGCGCUCCCCAGCUUGUGUGAUAAUGCUGCCAAUGGUUUCAGAUGGGAGCGUGUGGGCGGCGCUGCCCUCCUCCUCUUCCUCGUCCCUGGCCGUCGCUGCGAUACUCUCGGCAAUCUUCUCGCAUCGCUACUUCACCAUGCUAUGCUCAACCCUUGGGAUAGGAGUCGUAUCGUCGUCCGUGACUUAGAACAGGGAAGAGAUUCCGACGCGCGUGGCGCUUGUACAGAGAAGGGGAAGGAAACGAAUUUGUUGGAUGGGAUCAGUGCUGGAGGAGAAUGUCCGAUGAUGGAGAUCGCUACUCCCGAUGAUACAGAACCGGGCCAAAAUGCGGGGCCGUCGCCCCCAGGUGAAGAAGACCAGCAUGGCGACGAAGCUUGCGGUGUCUUCGCCCAGCACUGUACUUAUCUCGCGGAUCUUCGCCAUCACUCGCUUCAAGCUUUGAUCUCUUUCGGCCCUCCCGACACCGGGCUCUUGUCAAAAUGGAGGAUGAAAGACCGGAUGAAGACUGUAUCUGUAGCACUGGUCGUAUGUCUGAAUAUCGGAGUGGAUCCACCUGAUAUAAUCAAGGUAUCACCAUGCGCAAGGAUGGAGUGCUGGAUAGAUCCGUCAUCUCUGGCGCCUCAGAAGGCUCUUGAUACAAUUGGCAAAAAUCUGCAAUCGCAGUAUGCGCUCUGGCAGCCGAGGGCCCGCUACAAGCUAGCGCUGGAUCCUACAGCCGACGAGGUGAAGAAGCUGUGCUCACAGUGCCGGAAAAAUGCGAAGUCGGACAGGGUCUUGUUUCACUACAACGGGCAUGGUGUGCCUAAACCCACUGUCAAUGGCGAGCUCUGGUUUUUCAACAAGAGCUAUACGCAAUAUAUACCGCUCUCGGUUUAUGAGCUGGAGUCUUGGCUUGGCGUACCGUCUAUCUACGUUCUUGAUUGCUCGGGCGCUGGUGUCGUUGUCAAUGCAUUUAUCGAGAGACCCGAUUGGGCACUUGGGAGUUCAUCAGUUUCGGCAAAAGACUGCAUAUUGCUUGCAGCCUGUAGAGCAACUGAAAUGCUUCCGCAGAGUUCGGGAAUGCCUGCCGACGUGUUCACAGCAUGUUUAACGACUCCAAUCAAAAUGGCGUUGAGAUGGUUUUGUUCGCGGUCUUUACUUGAGUUCGAUCCUGAGCUGAUUGACAAGAUCCCUGGAAGUCAGAACGAUCGGAAGACCCUCCUUGGAGAACUAAAUUGGAUCUUUACGGCAAUCACCGAUACCAUAGCAUGGAAUGUGCUUCCUCCAGACCUGUUUCAACGAUUGUUUCGACAGGACCUUUUGGUGGCUAGCCUCUUCCGAAACUUUUUACUGGCAGAACGGAUUAUGCGAUCCGUGAAUUGCUCUCCUGCUUGUUACCCAUGCUUGCCUUUGACACAUCAGCACUCAAUGUGGUUUGCAUGGGAUAUGGCUGCGGAAACCUGUCUUUCGCAACUUCCGUCGUUAGUGAAAGAUCCAAAUGCUGAAUUUCAGCCGAGUCCAUUUUUUACGGAUCAGUUGACAGCGUUCGAAGUAUGGCUUGAGCACGGAUCAGCGAGUAAAAGACCACCAGAGCAGCUUCCAAUAGUUCUUCAGGUUCUUUUAAGUCAAUCUCAUCGUUUUCGGGCUUUGGUACUUUUAGGAAGGUUCUUGGAUAUGGGGGCAUGGGCUGUGAACCUGGCUCUUUCGGUUGGCAUUUUCCCUUACGUGCUUAAGCUGCUUCUGACAACCGCCACUGAACUCCGGCAAAUUUUACUAUUUAUUUGGGCCAAAAUUCUUGCCCAUGACAAGUCCUGUCAAGUUGAUCUGGUUAAAGAUGGUGGGCACAAAUAUUUUAUCAGAUUCCUGGACAGUCCAGACGUGUACGCUGAACAACAGGCAAUGGCAGCUUUCGUUUUAUCAGUUAUUAUCGAUGGACUUCCUCGGGGCCAAAUUGAAUGCUUUCAAUCUGGAUUGAUCGACAUUUGCUUGAGACAUAUCGUUCCUGCACGUGGAGAACCGUUGCUCAUGCAGUGGUUGUGCUUGUGUGUUGGUAAGAUCUGGGAUGGUUUCGCCAAAGCACAGCUGCUAGCUCUUCAUACAAAUGCGUCUUCCACGCUAGCACAACUCCUGUCCGAGCCUCAACCAGAGGUUCGUGCCGCAGCAGCUUAUGCUCUGGGAACGAUAAUAAAGGCUAAGAGCGUUAACGAAGAGGAUUCGGCCCUUGAUGACGACGACGAAGAGGCUAGGCUUAGAAUGGAACAGGAUGUUAUGAAGACAUUGUUGAAAGUAGUAAACGACGGGAGUCCUCUCGUUCGGGCUGAACUUGCCAUUGCGUUGGCCAGAUUAACUGUCAGACAUGACCAGAAUCUGCGAUUUGCUGCCGCAGCGUACUUAAAGCCUCCGUCGAACCCCGGAAUCAUGGCUUUGGCAGGAUUGAAUUCCAACAGAACUCCGACGAGCAGUGUAAAUAUUUCCGGUCAGUUUUUCUUCUCUGGAAAUGCUCGUGGUGCCGCUUCGGCUCCUGCUUCACCGGAAGGCUUCAACUUCGUCGAGAAUGAACUUAUCAAUGGGUUGAUGCGGCCAAGAAGACUGCAAAUGGAAGAGAGUGGCGUUUACGUUCGGUGCGUGGCAGCUGCUUAUUCCCUGGUAAGGGAUCCUUGCCCGUGGGUUGCUAAACUCGGCCACGAAGUUUUGAGGAGAAUAGGUGUCGAAGCGUACGUCCUGCAGACAGGCAAAACUCUCAAGUCCGGAGCCAAACAAGCCACCAGUGCUUUUCCACGUUCUUCUUCCUGGUUUGACAGCAAUAUAGGAAGUUUAACAAUGCCAUUCAGAGGUGCUUCCAGUUCUGCUAGUCCUCCGUCUAAUUUGCUUUCGGGAAGUCCAAUGAACAUGAGACGCGUACCUUCUCUCGAGUUUCCUUCGGAAAGUGAUUCCGGACUUGGUUCAUCUCAAGUUCCCGCUUCGGACGAUUUGAAAGAACUUCCAGAGUCUGUUUUAUACAGGUGGAGCUGCGGGCAUUUUGCUCGGCCUUUACUCGAGACUUCCCACGACGAGGAAGAAACGGCAUUAAUUGCCAGAGAAGCAAGGGAAAGGACUGCUUUAGAAGGAGCAUCCAAAUGCCGACAUUCGACUGUCAAUGUAGUGACGUACCAAAUGGCAACAUGGGAUAUGAAUUCUGAGUACGGGACCAAGGCUGUUCUCCUACAUCCGUUUCUUCCGCUUGCUUGUACCGCAGAUGACAAUGAAACUAUCAGAAUUUGGAGUCACGAAGAUGGAUCUUUACUAAACGACUUUCACAAUCACGAGUCGCAUAGUAAGGGUUUUUCUCGGCUUUGCUUAAUCAACGAGCUUGAUGAGAGCUUGCUACUCGCAGCAUCAAGCGACGGAAGCGUUCGAGUAUGGAGAGACUACCUUGUGAAAGGUGAACAGCAGCUUGCAACUGCUUGGCAGGCCAUACAGGGUCACAGGCCUGGCGCUCGAGGAAUUAACGCAGUUGUGGAAUGGCAGCAAUCGACUGGAUAUCUGUACGCGUCUGGAGAUAUUUCGUCGAUCAUGAUAUGGGACGUUGAUGCCGAAACACUCGUGUUAAGGCUGCCUUCUCAACCCGAUACAAGUGUUUCUGCGAUGGCUGCCUCGCUGAUCCAUAAUGGCCUUUUUCUGGCGGGUUGUGGAAACGGGUCUUUCAUGAUGUUUGAUGUUCGGAAGCAAGACAAGCAAGUGUUCUCCCAGAAGGCGCAUUUCCAGAGAGUCGCGGGCAUAGAUUUUGUCCAGUCAGGAAUAGACACAACCGAGGUGGUGUCUGCAUCUCAAGCUGGGGACAUAAAAAUAUACGACGUCCGCAAGCUGGACCUCCCCGUCGUGAGUGUUGAGGCUCACAAGGGGCACUUGACGUCGCUGGCAGCGCACCGCUACGCGCCAGUCCUUGCCAGCGGCUCCUCCAAGCAGUCCAUCAAAGUUUUCAGCGCGACCAGUGGCGACCAACUUAGCAUGAUACGCUACCACCAGAGCAUCUUUGGGAAGAGUAUCGGCCCCGUGAGCUGCUUGUCGUUUCACCCGUACAGCGUUCUCCUAGCUGCUGGUGCUUCCACAGACUCCAUCGUUUCCAUUUACGCCGAGGACGGUGCUGCCGCUAGUAACUCGUCCACUUCUUGAGGCCAGGCAGGGAGGAAAAGAGCGGCAAAUGGCGCUCCUUUCUUUGUACAGAGUCUCUGCUCGCGCGGCCGCUCGCUCCUGCCGCUCCGAGCGUGACUUGUAUUAUAAUUGCGAAGGUAUACCAGCUGCUCAUUUGAUACCUGCUGUUGGUUUUUUCUUUAAAUCCUUGACUUACUGAGAGUUUGAUUCCACAAUAAAACAGGUUUACUACUA